UUUUUUAGACUUUACUGAAGUCUCGACCCAUAACAAGUAAGGUGUAGGAGAGAAGGAAGGCAGAAGACCUUAAUACAAGUAUCUUUUAUCCUCUCGUGAAUAUUAAACUCUGCCAUGUCACGCCAACUUGUAGCCUGCAUGUUGAAUGUCUCAGAAGGUCGCAGAAUUAGUGUGGUUGAGAAAAUUGCCAAAGCAGCCCUGUCAGCUAGCAAUCCUCCUACACGAGCACCUUCAGUACCAAAUUGGACGAUUAAUGCUACAGUUUUAAAUAUAUUCCAAGAUGUUGACUACAAUAGAUCAGUCCUCACAAUAGUGUCUAAUGAAGAUAAUAUAGGACCUUGUAUAGAAGCAGCAUGCAAAACAGCUUAUGAGCUAAUUGACUUGAGCAAGCAUGAGGGAGUCCAUCCAAGACUUGGUGCAGUUGAUCUUGUACCUCUGCACCCAAUAUCAGAAAAUAUGUCUGUCCAGUCUCUCGGUCACAUAGCUAACAGUAAGUAUCAGAAACUUCUGAGUUCACAGAAUUUUGGAUGAUAUGGCUUCAUGUUUCAGCAAUAGAAGAAAUAACAAUACUGCACUGUACUGUAUUGUACUGUGCUGUACUCACAUAAUGUUACCCCAAAAUUUUUUAAAUCCAGUUGUUCUACAUAUAUUUUGUACAGCUAUUCCUAAAAAACAUGGCUUGUAAAUUGGGAAAGCUUUUCCCAUCAAUUUAAAGGUAAAAUUAAAAUUGUGCUCUUGGCGGU